AUAUCUUUCCGUGAACUUACAAAAAAUUGGAAAAAAAAGUUUCUAAAAAAUCAAAUCUCGAAUUUUUCCACGCCGCCUCCACUUAUUUCCAACAAAUCAAUCAAAACAAUAUCGUUUUUUGAAAAAUGUGGAAAUUGUUGUUGGUAUUCGGAUGUUUGUCAAGUUCCGUUUCCGGAUAUCUUCUGUCGAAAAGUGAUCCGAUUUGUCGUGACGAGAGUUUUCUCGUCUAUUGGAAAUCCAACGAUCCGCAGGUGAUCAAGGGAGACACUCAGUUCGACGUUACCAGCGAUUGCCACGUGGAAUUCCAGGCUUGGUGGGAGCUCUUCAUUGGUUUGGUUUUCGUGAUCUGGAUUAUGCAGUUCUUGCCGGCCGUCAUCAACUUCAUUGAGGGACCCGACAGAAGAGUGAAAUGUUGCGGUGAAAAAUGAAACUGAUUAAUAAAGUUUUUGACUGAA